AUGGCCGCAACCACCGCCAGCCCCAUCGACACGGGUAUUGCUCUCACCGGCGCGCAGGAGACGCUCCUCAUAACGCUCCUCUCCAAACGCAACGACUUUUACCAGCCACGUCCGCUGCUCGCAGACCACUGGGCUGUUGCCAUCCUCGACCACCUCGGCCCAGCGCAGCACGCCGCAGUCGAAGCACGCAUCCCGCCCGGGCCUAUCUUGCACCCAGCAUGGUUUGGCUUGCGUUCCCGCACUAUUGACGAGUGGGCGGCCGACUUCCUAGACCGUCACGCUGGCCAGCCCGUUGCCGUCCUGCACCUCGCGUGCGGGCUAGACGCGCGCGCCCUGCGCCUGCGUGACCGGUGCCGCGGCAGAGAUGUGCGCUGGACAGACCUCGACUUGCCAGCGGUCAUCCACGCCCGCCGCCGCGUUGCCGUUGCCAUGCCAGAACCCGAGCCGGACGAGGGCUACACGUACAGCAUGGUGUCGGCGGACGUCACGACGACGGACUGGCUCGAAGCGUUGCCCGACGACCGCCCCACGCUCGUCAUCAUGGAGGGCCUCAGCAUGUACCUUGGCGUUGAGGACGGUCCGGCGCUCCUCCGGCGGCUUGUGGAUUGCUUCGCACCGUGCGGAGGGGAGCUAGUCCUAGACGCCAUCUCGGCCCCGUCCGCAGCGUUGUUCAACUGGCUCUUCAAGGCCAAGAGCGACUUUGACGUUCACUUUGCCUACACUGCCGACAAUUCCGACGACGUGUCGAAGCUCGAUCCGAGGCUGCAGCUCGUGGAGGGCUGCAGUCUGGUAAACAACCCGGGCGUCAGACUGUUGACCUUCUGGCUAUGCUGGAUGUUUUGGUUCGUGUCUUGGAUUCCUUAUGCGAGGGGCAUGUCUCACUACAUGCACUUCAAGAUGCAAGAGUGA